ACUUAUAUACCCAAGUCACUGCCGAAGAUCCGUUACCCCAUACUAUUCAUACCAUUCACCUCACCUACUACUACUACCACUAUAUUCAACUACCGCAAGCUUCUCCUCAUUCCUCGUCGGGUGACCACUUGCGCGCUAUAGGCUAUUCACAACCAUUCAUACUUCUUAUUCCCCCCGGGUGGAUAAACUGCACAGAAAUUCAACCCUAUUUAUCCCACGGUUCGCAAGGACGUCAUACAUAAGUUCUGGGUUCACCACUCUCACUCCCUUACCGUUCACAAGCUUUCUACUUGCUCCACCAACAACAUCACCACCACCACCAUCACCAUGCUCUCCGCCGGCGAACGGCCCCAACAACCCGCCAUGACCAACGCAGCCGCAGUAGUAGAUUCCACACGCGGUCCCGUCAGCAAAAGCCCAUUGACCAACUCCGUGGCCAACUCCAUGUGGGGAAGCACCAGCAACAACACCACAAGAAGUACACCUACAGCACCGCAGGCAGAGCAAAUCCAACACAUCUGGGUAGUGACGGGGCCAGCGGGAUGCGGGAAGAGCACAGUAGGCAAGGCGAUUCAACAAGCGCUUAACAUUCCUUUCUUAGAGGGUGAUGAUUUCCACACCAUCAACAACAAAGAAAAAAUGUCCAACGGCAUCCCCCUCACCGACGCCGACAGAUGGGACUGGCUCAUCUCUCUCCGCCAAGCCGCCAUCGAGGCGCUCUCCCCCUCCGAAACCAACAACUUCCACCCGCCCUCCGGCGUAGUGGUUGCUUGUUCAGCCCUGAAGCAGAAAUACCGGGACGUGAUGCGCGUCGCGGCGUACGGAUCCCCCUCGGUCCAGAUCCAUUUCAUCUAUCUCAAGUUGGACGAGACCAUGCUGCUGCAGAGAGUCAUGAAUCGACAGGCGCAUUAUAUGAAGAGUAGUAUGGUGCAGUCGCAGUUGCAGGAUCUGGAGGAGCCCAAGGGCGAGUGGGAUGCCCUCACAGUGGAUGUGCGUGCUUCGCAGGCGGAAGUGCAGACUGAGGUGUUGGAGUUGGUGAGGGAUACAUUGGCGAGGUAUCGCUGAUCAGACGGGGGCUAGAUCCAGUGUACUGGGUUGGCUUGUUUGGGAAUAGGUGUGUGUGUGUAUCUGCAUGAUGAAUUUACUUCAUGGGGUUUGUAUGGAGUUGGGUACUUCUCAUAUGCAUUUUGGGCCUGAUCUUUCUGUCUUUGAUCUGAUUAUUGAUGUG